UACCAUCAUGAUAAUGAGAUGUCUUUGCUUUGUAGUCAUUUUAUUUUUACUGCUGCCUUAUUAAGACACCAGAAUCAGCAGAGAAGUGGAUUUUAAUUCUGGAAUGCAUACUAUAGAGAAGUUGCUUUCUUUGUUAAAAGGUUUUUCUGCCUUCAGAAUGUGAAACCAUGUCACAGAAGCAUUCAAGAAGCAGCUGAAGGAGGAACAGUUAAAGUGCCACUGCCUAUCAGGAAAAAAAAAAAAAAAACACCAUGGGAAACACAACCACCAAGUUCCGUAAAGCGCUCAUCAAUGGUGAUGAAAACCUGGCCUGCCAAAUAUAUGAAAACAACCCUCAGCUGAAAGAAUCCCUUGAUCCAAAUACAUCAUAUGGGGAGCCCUAUCAGCACAAUACUCCACUCCACUAUGCUGCUAGACACGGAAUGAAUAGGAUAUUAGGGACUUUUCUUUUUGGUAGAGAUGGAAAUCCAAAUAAGCGGAAUGUGCACAAUGAAACAUCUAUGCAUUUGUUGUGUAUGGGACCUCAAAUUAUGAUAUCUGAAGGAGCCCUUCAUCCUCGCUUAGCACGCCCCGCGGAAGAUGAUUGCAGAAGAGCGGAUUGUCUGCAGAUGAUCUUAAGAUGGAAAGGAGCAAAACUGGACCAGGGAGAGUAUGAGAGAGCAGCUAUUGAUGCUGUGGAUAACAAGAAAAACACGCCCCUGCACUACGCUGCGGCCUCAGGGAUGAAAGCCUGUGUCGAGCUUUUAGUAAAACAUGGAGGAGAUUUGUUUGCUGAGAAUGAAAAUAAAGAUACUCCUUGUGAUUGUGCUGAGAAGCAACACCACAAAGACCUGGCCCUCAAUCUGGAGUCUCAGAUGGUGUUCUCACGGGACCCGGAAGCUGAAGAAAUAGAAGCAGAAUAUGCUGCAUUAGACAAACGAGAGCCAUAUGAAGGAUUAAGACCUCAGGAUCUCCGCCGAUUGAAAGAUAUGCUUAUUGUGGAAACCGCAGACAUGCUCCAGGCACCUCUGUUUACUGCUGAAGCUUUACUUCGCGCUCAUGACUGGGACAGGGAGAAGUUACUUGAAGCUUGGAUGUCCAACCCAGAGAACUGCUGCCAACGAUCAGGUGUGCAGAUGCCAACUCCACCGCCCAGCGGGUACAAUGCUUGGGACACACUCCCUUCUCCGAGAACUCCUAGGACCACACGUUCGUCUGUCACCUCUCCUGAUGAGCUCAGUCUGUCCCCUGGGGAUUUAGACACCAGUUUGUGUGACAUUUGCAUGUGCAGUAUUUCUGUAUUUGAAGACCCAGUGGAUAUGCCCUGUGGACAUGACUUUUGUAGAGGAUGUUGGGAGUCGUUUUUGAAUCUAAAAAUUCAAGAGGGUGAGGCUCACAACAUUUUCUGCCCUGCCUACGAUUGCUUCCAGCUUGUGCCUGUGGACAUCAUCGAGAGCGUGGUUUCUAAGGAGAUGGACAAGCGGUACCUGCAGUUUGAUAUUAAGGCUUUUGUUGAAAAUAACCCUGCCAUUAAAUGGUGUCCUACCCCGGGCUGUGAAAGAGCAGUCAGACUAACAAAGCAAGGGUCAAGCGCGUCUGGAUCUGAUGCACUCAGCUUCCCGUUGCUGCGAGCGCCUGCUGUGGACUGCGGAAAAGGACACCUCUUCUGCUGGGAGUGCCUUGGUGAAGCACACGAGCCCUGUGACUGCCAAACAUGGAAAAACUGGCUACAAAAAAUCACAGAAAUGAAACCGGAAGAACUCGUUGGAGUCAGUGAAGCCUAUGAGGACGCUGCCAAUUGUCUCUGGCUGUUAACCAACUCCAAGCCUUGUGCAAACUGCAAGUCUCCAAUACAGAAGAAUGAAGGCUGCAACCACAUGCAGUGUGCCAAGUGCAAGUAUGACUUUUGCUGGAUUUGCCUAGAAGAAUGGAAAAAGCAUAGUUCUUCCACCGGAGGUUAUUACAGGUGUACUCGCUAUGAAGUCAUUCAGCACGUGGAGGAGCAGUCCAAGGAAAUGACCGUGGAGGCCGAGAAAAAACACAAACGGUUUCAGGAGCUUGACCGAUUUAUGCACUAUUACACAAGGUUUAAGAACCAUGAGCAUAGUUACCAGUUAGAACAACGCCUUCUUAAAACAGCCAAAGAAAAGAUGGAGCAAUUGAGCAGAGCUCUCAAAGAAACUGAAGGAGGCUGCCCAGAUACCACUUUCAUUGAAGACGCAGUUCAUGUGCUCUUAAAAACUCGACGUAUUCUCAAGUGUUCUUAUCCAUAUGGAUUCUUCUUAGAACCCAAAAGCACAAAGAAAGAAAUUUUUGAACUAAUGCAAACAGACCUAGAAAUGGUCACUGAAGACCUUGCCCAGAAAGUCAACAGACCUUACCUUCGCACACCCCGCCACAAGAUCAUCAAGGCAGCCUGUCUGGUGCAGCAGAAGAGACAAGAGUUCCUGGCCUCGGUGGCUCGUGGUGUUGCUCCCGCAGACUCCCCGGAAGCCCCGAGGCGCAGCUUUGCUGGUGGAACAUGGGAUUGGGAGUAUUUAGGAUUUGCGUCACCUGAGGAAUAUGCUGAGUUCCAGUACCGGAGGCGACAUAGGCAGCGCCGCCGUGGAGAUGUGCACAGUCUGCUAAGAAACGCCCCAGACUCUGAUGAGCCCAGCGAAAGCACCUUAGAUAUUCCAGAAGGUGGCAGUAGCCGCAGGCCUGGCACCUCCGUGGUAAGUUCUGCCUCUAUGAGUGUUCUGCACAGCUCCUCCUUGCGUGACUACACCCCUGCCAGUCGCUCUGAAAACCAGGACUCUCUGCAGACCCCGAGUUCCCUGGAAGAAGACGACCCUAACAUACUACUCGCCAUCCAGCUGUCACUGCAGGAGUCCGGCCUGUCCCUGGACGAUGAGACUAGAGAACUGGUCAGUAGUGAAGCAUCCCUGGGAGCAAUAGGCACUUCGUUGCCGUCCAGGCUGGACUCAGUGCCCAGGAGCACUGAGAACCCACGGGCUGCCCUGAGCAGCUCUGAGCUGGCCGAACUCGGGGACAGCCUCACGAGACUCGCAGCAGCGUGCGACCCCUUGCCAGCCGACACGGUGAGUUCACGCCCUCUCCAAGAGGCAAGGAGGGACUUCUGCCCCUCAUCCAGUGACCCUGACCCAGCUGGCCAGGACCCCACCAUCAGCGACAAUCUGCUCGGCAGCAUCAUGGCUUGGUUUCAUGACGUGAGUCCCCAGAGCAUUGCCCUGAUCCCUCCAGCGGCCGCGGGGCCCAGUGCGGGGCCCAGUGCAGAGCCCGUGCCGCCUUAUGUGGAGGCCGCGCUGGAAGGCCUGAGGGAGGUGGAGCCAGCGCGGCAGGGAGAAGAGCCGGAGUGCAGGGCUGCUGGAGGAAGCCAGGGAGAAGGCGGUCAGUUGGAAGGUCGGCUGGCCGAGGAAGCCGCGCCGCCCCCGGGGGACGGCGGGAAUGAUGCAGCCGGCCGAGGGGGCGGACCAGGGGCUCCAGGCCAGACGCCUCCCACGUCCGGUGACUGGCGGGGGCACACGCACCUGGUGUGA